GUCAACGUGAAAUCGGCGGAGGGCCGUGCAUUCGCUGGUCACCUCCUGCCGCCAUGCGCUGCCGCCAUGCGCUGCCGAAGCUGCUGCCCCAAGCGCUCGGAGAUCUCUCGGAAGAUUGGUUUGCGCGCAUGGAUUUUAGGGACCACGAAAGGGCAUUGGUUGGCCUUGCUCCUAGCAGGAUGUGGUAUACAGAUCCUGUGCAUGUUUGCUUGGGUCCUAUCCGGUGGAAAUGACGACUAUGGGACCAGGCUGCGCGAUAGUUUUUGGAUCUCCUAUGUUCUGCUGGUGGAUAUAGGGACCCAGACUUCCUUCUCAUCCGACGAGCGUGGAGUGGUCCGGGCCGUGGCGGUGGUCAUCUCCAUCAUCGGCUUCGUGUAUUGCCUGACCUUUUUGGGAAUGGUCGUGGAGCUGAUCCGAUCCUUCCUGCUCCAUUGGAAGGUGAAGUACAGCAAGGUGGAUGCUCAAGGUCAUUGGCUCAUCCUUGGCUGGGGCGACAAGACCAUUUUCUUGCUAGAAGAGCUGCUUUGUGCUGUCCAACGAGACGAGGCCGAUGGCACCUCUCGAUGCUGUCGCCGCCGCCGACGUAUCGUGAUCUUGGCCGAACGGCCAGUGCGCGAGAUGCAAGCCGAAGUCCGGCUGCAUUUUCGCACGCAGGAUCCGCAAGGUGCCUACAAAAGGCUACGUGCUAUCUCGUACCGAGAAGGAUGUAAAGCUCAUGGGAUUGAACUCAUGAAGGUCAAUGCAUCUGCAGCAGAUGACAUCCUGAUCAUGUGUUCAGCUGAGACGGAUGGGAGCUCUGACCAUGAGGCGAUCCGAACGCUCUUAGCCUUGGGCGCGUUGCCGGGAUCCCUUCAGGCAGAUGUGUGGACUGAAAUGCACAACCGCGAGAGCGCACGAGUGGUGAACACCAUUUUGCCCAGUGCGCAGGGCAUUGUGGCCAGACACGCUGUGAAUCACAUGAUCACGCUCAGGGCGCUAGUGCCAUCUGUGGGCUACGCCUGGUUGCGGAUGUCGACCACACGUUCGGGAACUCAGCUCUUUUUGCUGCCAGUGCCUCCUGCACUUUACGGCUUCUCUUUGAAGGACAUGUUUCAGUACUUUCCUCAUGCCGUUGUAUGUGGGGUGAAGCAAAACUCCUGCCCGGAUGAUACAAAGAAGCUGAAGAUCGGGACACAUAAGCUGGAGGAAGGAGAUGAUUUAAUCAUGCUCGCUAGCGGCCAGGAAACGGCAGGCCACUAUGUCAUUCCGGACUGCAUGCCUGAGUUUACAACCGCAUCCUCUUUGAAGGCCAAGAGGCGGCAAAGCACCGUUCUCAUGGCCGAUGGACAAAUCCGGCUAGGGCCAGCUGCCGAUGGCCCGCUAAUUGUCCUCCUCAUUGGAUGUCCAGAUGAUUUCGUUGACAUCCUUGAGAUCAUUGAUGGAUACGUUGCGUCGGGCAGUCAAGUGCACCUCUUGUCGACCAAACCUAUGCGAUGGCGCGAACAAUGCUUGUACCUCCAUUUCUCCCGUGCUGGCAAGAGUGAAUUCGAAAGGAUCACUGUCACGCACCAUUUGGGCAGACGAAGGGACACCAACGUCCUGGAACGCUUGCCCUUGGCCGCAGCAGACUGCGCCCUAAUCCUCUCAGAGCGAGAGGGUGAUUCGGAGAGCGGGCUGGAUAGCGACUCCAGGAAUCUCACUGUUGCAAUCAACUUGUGGCACGUGCUGCAAAGCAUGGCGGAGGAGAUCAACAAGCACCGCGCCAAUAGCUAUCGGAAGAAGUGCAAGCUUGUGACAGAGAUCCAAGAUCCCAAGAGUCAAGCCAUGUUGGCUGGGAAUGGCAGCGUGCGGCAAGUUGGAUCCUUCGUUUUCACAUCCUCGACCGAGACCGGUGUCUUUGCCAUUGCGGUGUCCUGCAAAGAUCUUUAUGAUCUAUUCAUCAAGUUGAUCGAUCCGCGCAUCGACUCCGGCAACAUCGUGGCCACACCUGUUUCCAAAUUCCUGGUCGGAGAUGAGAGCCUGUCCUACUUCGACAUGUUUCGUCGGGUUUUAGAGCUUUGCAAUGGCACCUUGCUGGGGUGGAGGCGCAGCGGUGACCGACAUCCACUGUUAAAUCCACCGGAGAAGGAC